AUGGACAGUGGCAUUAAGGAGGCAGGAAUGGACUACAGUGAUAUUUGCGCCGAACCUGAAGAAAUUGUAGCAACCGACAGGGAAGUUGUGGAGUACCGUACGGGUGUCGUCCGCGUCCCGGCGUUCAGUGCGACCUCGCUUCCCAGCGUGCAGAUCGGGCUCGAUUCCCGGUGGGGUCAAAUGGAUUUCUGGUUUCCUGGUAUAGAUCUAAACAAGCCGAUACAAGACGAAGAGCAUGGUCAGCAAAGCAGAAAUGAUACUAGCAAUCAAGAUCAAGAUCAUCAGCACAGUGUGGAGGAACCUACAGGCAAUGAGGAACAAACUACAGCUGAUAUACCUAUGUCUGACAACCAUACAGGAGCAUCUGCAGAAACAGGAGGGAUUGACACAGGGGACACAAUGUCAACCGAGGAUUCAGGUGGAGAUGAUGAAGUUCAGUCAACACCGAGCUUAACUCCAGUAGAAAAACCAUACCCAGAUAUGUUAUUUGAUACCUGGCAGGAAGCAUUGAUGUGCUACAAUAGAUAUGCUAAGCAUGUAGGCUUCUCCAUCAAGUGCAGUACUUCCCGGAAUUCUACUGUUGACAAGCAGAAGGACAAACAACUGUUUGUAUGUAACAAGAGUGGCAAACCUGUAGACAUCAACAAACAAGAAGUUCCACCUGUGCGACAGAGGAACCGUUUCAUAACUAAGAAGACUGAUUGCAAAGCGCGCCUUCGAGUCAAGAGAAGGGGCCAAAAAUGGCAUGUCACAAUGUUCAUUGAGGAACACAAUCAUCCAUGCCUAAAAAAGUUUUCGUUGAAAAGGUUCUUAAGGUCUCAUAAAGGAAUUCCAAAAGAAGAAAGGGAAUUUGUGAAGCUGCUGCAUAAGGUCAAUCUUUCAGCUGGCAGGGUGAUGUCUAUAAUGGCAGAACUGUAUGGAAAGCUUGCAAAUGUUCCUUAUGUCAGAAAGGAUGUUAGUAAUUACAUGGCUACAAUUGAUACUGCAGCACAAACUAAUAAAGAUAUGUCAUUGUUGCUCGCGGAGUUUGAGAAAGUUAAGAAAGAUGAUGCAGAUUUCUUCCACAAGCUUGAUCUUGAUCAUGAUGACAGGGUUAGAAGAAUUUUUUGGGUGGAUGGGCCAGCUAGGGCAGCAUACAAGAAGUACAGCGAUUGCCUGUCAUUUGAUGCGACUUACAUAACUAAUUGUUACAGCAUGCCCUGCACACCAUUCAUUGGCAUCAACCGAUAUGGGCAAUCAAUUCAGCUAGGUUGUGGUUUUCUCCGCAAUGAACAAGAAGCUGAUUAUGUUUGGCUAUUUGAGGCGUUUCUUGAAGCAAUGGAUGGAGUACAGCCUAUGAAUAUCAUAACUGAUCAAGAUGUAGCAAUGAGAAACGCCAUCGCAGCUAUAUUUCCUGAUGCAUGUCACCGCAAUUGUAGAUGGCAUAUCAUGCAAAAUGCACAACCUGUGUUGGGUAAUGACAUGGCUAAAAAUGAACCGUUAAGGCUAGAGUUUAAUGCUACUAUUGACUAUAGCAUGACAGUUUUUCCAUUCCUACAAACUACAGCGCGCAGCGAGGGAUUUAAUGCAGUGCUGAAAAGAUACGUCACCCCGCACAACAGCCUGCACCACUUCUUCCUCCAGUACUUGAAGCUACAGGAGAGUAUUGAAGUUGCAGAAGAUUCAAACGAGUUCAAGGAUGAAGACAAAGUCCUAAGAUGUUGGGGAGAAUGGCCUAUGGAAGAACAAGCUUUGCAAGUGUACACAAUGCCUAUCUACUUGCGUUUUCGUGCUGAGCUUCGCAAAGUAACUUCCUAUAACGCCAACCAGGUAGCUGAACAUAUUUUUGAUGUAGUGCCAAUUUCAGGGUCAGUUUUUGGCUAUGGCAAAAGGAGCUACAGAGUGGAAGCUAAUUCAAAUGAAGGAAUGUACAAUUGUGAAUGUGCUAAAAUCAGUAGGGAUGGGAUAUUAUGCUGCCAUGUGCUGCGUGUAAUGGGACAGUUAGGUGAUGUACAAGCAAUUCCAGCACACUACAUUUUGCCUAGAUGGACAAUGCCCCCAGAUGACAUUGUCCAAGAAAAAAUGGAAUUGCCUGAUGUGCCAGCAGACAGGAAAUUAUCCAAUAAAGAGCGAAAACUACUGCGCUACGGAACACUUUGCAACAAUUGGACUGAUUAUGCUAAAAUUGCAUCUGAAUCAGAAAAAGGUACGGCGUUAGCUGACAAGUACAUGCGUGAGCUGGGUAAAGAAUUAACAGCAAUGAAGAUUACUGCCGCAGCCAAGAGGAAAGAGAAGAAAAAACAAGGUAAAGACCAAGGGGUACCAUCCAUGUCUGAAUUAGGUGGUGAUGCUGGACAAGGAAGCAGUACCCAGUACCAGCAUGUAAGGGAUCCUAUAAUGACUUCAACUAAAGGUCGUCCAGAAGAAAAGCGGAAGAAAUCAGGGCUACAUCUAAAGGCUUCAAAACCUCCGAAGUGCAAAGGUUGUGGUUCUGCGCAACACUCCACUGCUGAAUGCCCUUCAAAGAUCACUCCUAGCACAGAACCAAAGGAGUUCAACUUCUUCCAUGAUAUGAUUUAG